AUGCACAACGCGCCCCCAGUGCACCAAAAGCCCCUACCCACAGAGGCUGAAAGACGGCGCAUAUUCAAUUUGAAGGCUGAAACCUGGGACAGGCAUGUUUUCUUUCAAGAAGCCCUGAUGCGUCUGGGGAGACUACGGAAGGAGUUGGUGCAGCAGGCGGAAGGGAAUGUCUUAGAAGUAGCAGCAGGCACCGGCCGCAACUUCCGCUUCUAUGACAAGAAGAAGGUGAAAAGCCUCACGGUCACGGACUUCUCCAGCGGGAUGCUGGAGCAGGCGAAGGCGAAGGAGGGAGAGUUGGAAGGAGUGCCCUGCGUUUUCCGGCUGGCGAAUUCUUGCAAACUUCCAGACCCUCCCGAGAGCUACAACUGCAUAGUGGAGACCUUCGGCAUUUGCUCCUACGAAGACCCCGUAAAGACCCUAAAGGAGCUGCGCCGGGUGCUGCAGAAGGUGAGGGUUUGA